UAUGCAUUGAACUUUCAACAUUUAAUCUCUUAUAUAAAGCUCAUUUGAUCUAAGGGAGAUAAUAUAUAACUAAGGGGAAAAACAAAAGAUGGCUAAGUUCAUUGAAGAUAAGAAGAACAAGAAUGGAGAUCUAUUCAUAAACCUUGUUUCUAAUGAACCAUCAAGAAAUGACCAAGGACCAGCAAGAGAUGUACCACUAGGAGAUGACUUGGGGCUACACACAUAUAUACCAGAGGAAGACCAAGCUGGUGCAGCAACAAAUAUACCACAAGGAAAAUCUUCUAAAGAACCACCAAGAAAUGAUGCACAAGGGCAAGGACUUGUAGUAAUAAUAGGAAAUAAUACACAAAAUCAAGAAGAAGAGAAUACUAUUGCUCAACAACAAGGCCAAGGACUUAAUGAAUCUAUUGGAAAUUCACAAGAACAAAAACAAAAACAACAAGAAGAAAAUAACGAUGAUGAUUAUUUUCAACCUCUACCAAAGGGGUUUGUACCUGAACAAAGAUCAAAAAAUUCAAGACCUCCAGGCCAAAGACCAGCUCCUAAACCUAAGACUGGUUGAAAUUAAUUAAUUAAUACAAAGCUUGGGAAAUUCCAAUGUUGUGAUAUUAUUUCAAGAAACCUAGCUAUUUUAAUUUCUUUGUUCUUUCGUUUGUAUUGCUCAUCUUUAAUAUUGUACUGGCUAAUUUAUUUUUAAAAGAAUGUCAUUUUAAUCUUGAUCGGUCA